UUCUUGCGAAGAAAGUUAACUGCGAGUUGCCCUUUUUUUUGUUUGUCCCUCUGUCCUUCAUCCUCAUUCCCUCCACCCCGUCUAUCGCUUUCCCUGGACCCCAACUCACUCUCAGGAUAACCAAAGGAUUAAAAGGGAUCAGACGCCAUGACAUCCAUCUAUAACUUCAAGAAGAUCACCCCCGUCCCCACGGGCACGGACUUUUUGGACAUUGUCCUCUCCAAGACCCAGCGCAAGACCCCAACGGUUAUUCAUGCCAACUUUGCUAUCAGCCGCAUCCGUAACUUUUACAUGCGUAAGGUCAAGUUCACGCAGGAGAACUUUGACGAGCGUCUGAAGGGCAUCCUCGACGAGUUCCCUAAGCUCGAUGAUAUCCAUCCCUUCUACUCCGAUUUGAUGAACGUCCUUUACGACAAGGAUCAUUACAAACUCGCUCUGGGUCAGAUGAACACUGCUCGCCAUUUGAUUGACCAGGUCGGCAAAGAUUAUGUCCGCCUGUUGAAGUUUGGUGACUCGCUUUACCGCUGCAAGCAGCUCAAGAAGGCAGCUAUGGGAAGAAUGGCGACCAUCAUGCGUCGUCAGAAGGACUCACUCGCCUACUUGGAGCAGGUCCGUCAGCACUUGGCUCGUCUCCCCUCGAUCGACCCCAACACCCGCACUCUGCUCGUUUGCGGGUACCCUAACGUUGGAAAGUCAUCCUUCAUGAACAAGAUUACUCGUGCGGAUGUGGAUGUCCAGCCCUAUGCCUUUACGACCAAAUCACUCUUUGUUGGACACAUGGACUACAAGUAUUUGCGCUGGCAGGUCAUUGACACCCCCGGUAUCUUGGAUCACCCUCUCGAGAAUCGCAACACCAUUGAAAUGCAGUCCAUUACUGCUCUUGCUCACUUGCGUUGUGCCGUCCUCUACUUUGUCGACCUUUCUGAGCGCUGCGGAUACAGCAUCAAGGAGCAGGUCUCGCUUUUCCACAGCAUCAAACCAUUGUUCGCUAACAAGCCUGUGUUGCUGAUCGUAAAUAAGAUUGAUGCCAUGACGAUCGAGGACAUCAGCGUCGAGGACCGUGCACUGUUGGAUCAGAUUGUCGACAACGACCAGGUCGAGAUGCUCGGCAUGUCCUGCUACACCGAGGAGGGUGUUAUGAACGUCAAGCAGACCGCUUGCGACCGCCUUUUGCAAUCGCGUGUAGAUUCCAAGAUGAAGGGCCACAAGAUCAACGAUAUCCUCAACAAGAUCCACCUCACCCGACCUGCUGCUCGCGACGACAACCCCCGUCUCCCCCACAUACCCGCUGCAGCCUCCAACAAGUCCAAGUAUGACCCCAAUGAUCCUGAUCGCAUCAAGCUGGAGCGCGAUCUCGAGGGCGAGAACGGUGGUGCUGGUGUGUUCAAUGUGGAUCUUAAGAAGAAAUACUUGCUCGACAACCCAGAUUGGAAGUACGACAUCAUCCCCGAGAUCUGGCAGGGCAAGAACGUGGCUGAUUUCAUUGAUGCUGAUAUUCAGGAGCAGUUGGAUGAGCUCGAGCGCGAGGAGGAGAGGCUCGAGGCCGAGGGCUUCUAUAAGUCGGAGGAAGAGGAGAUGGAUUCUGAGGAUGAGGCAUUGGAGGCGACUGCGAACGCAAUUACGGAACGCAACCGUCUGACCCGUAUCCAGGCACGUCUGAAGACCACGAAGAACAGACCCAUGCUGCCGAAGACGGCGAUUAAGCGCACGGUAUCGGACAUGUCGGACCAUCUGGAGACCUUGGGUCUGGACUCGACCGAGGCUCGGGCCCGCAGCCGGGGUAUCAAGCGUGCUCGCUCGUCCAGCCGAGGCGAGAGCAUUGCUCGCAGUGCAUCGAUGGCGAGACCCGAGACGAGUGUUGUGCGGGACAGGACCAUGUCCGGAGUGCGCAACGUCAAGCAGAAGCUGGAGUCGGAGAAGGUGCGCAAGCUGGCCCAGCGCACACCCAACUUGUUUGCGAAGCGGGGAGAGUCCGACAGAGCUGUGCAGACAAAGAUGCCGAAGCACUUGUUCUCGAACAAGCGUGGCAACGGCAAGACCGACUGGAGGUAAACAGGACGCCUUCAGACGCUGGGCCUGUUUGUGGUUGGGUAUUUUUCGAAAUCUGGCUUGCGGCUGUAAUGGUUUAUCAUUUCUAUCAUUUUUCUUUAUUUCAUCUCACAUAUACGCAUUAUUUCGCAAAAAUAAACAUUUUUCAUUUCAUUACAUAA